AUGGGCAAGAAGACAUCUCGUCCAGCUACCAAGGUCGGCUCUGCCGCAUCGCCGGCUGAUGGCCUCUCACAAUCAGGCAGCAAAUCUUCGAUUCUUCGAGCUGCCUUUUCGCCGUCCGAAUACCAAUUGGCCCUAUUCGCCUCGGUCAUUCAGGGUCUUGAUGCGCAACAUCUCCGCAUUCACGAUACCAACACUGGACGACUACAAUGCGAGCAUGCGCUUGGACCCAAGGAGACUAUUACAUCGCUAGACUGGGGCUACUACGGUGGCCAGGGUAAGAACCGCGACCUGUCGAAGAAGAAGCGCAAGCGUGGAUCUGAUGUCAAUGGCGUCGAUGGUCUCGACCAGGGUGACAUCGUUGUUGCGUUUGGUACCAGCAACUCGGAUAUCCGCAUGUACUCCCCAUCGGAGGAUAAGGUCAUUGGUACUUUGACUGGUGUGCACGAUAAGGGAAUCAAGGACUUCAAGUUCACUGCUGGGCGACCUGCUCAAGAGGGCUGGAGUAUUGGUGGUGAUAACAAGCUUGUACAGUGGGAUCUGCGCACUGGAAAGAGCGUACGAACGAUUCAUUUGCCUGCAUCUUCUACCUUUACUGCCCUUUCUCGUCCCGUUCCCGCCAACCAGCCCGUCAUUUGUGCCUCUCAGACCCCUGUCUUAAUAGAUGUCGAGAACUCCGACGAGGAGCCCGUUCAGUUCCCCGCUAUGCGUAACCAGAUCCGCAGCAUCGUUUCAUCUUCCACCGAGUCUGCCGGCGCAGGCGCAUUCCUUGCAUCCGAUGGCGAGCGCUUCAUCAAUGUUUUCGAUGCGUCCACCCAGAAGUUGGUGCGCAACCUUGUUGCAGAGCAGGAUGUUUCCUCCGUAUCCCUGUACAACGAGACCGCCGAGAAGCAAAUUCUUGCCGCUGUCACCGAGGACGGCACAAUUGAGUUGUUCACAAAGCCUUUCGUGCAGCCACAAAAUGUCUCCUCCGGCAGUGCCAAGGCCAACCGCAAACAGAUGACACAAAAGGCAAACGCCUCUCUGAAGAUUAUUCGCUCUGAGUCCUCAAGCGCAUGUGUUCCUGUGGUCUCAACCGUCUUCCACGGCCACGAAAUCGUGGUCGCUUACGCUGAGGGUGGUGUUAUCCCCGUUUUCGAGCGUGUCAAGCUCAUCGAUGAGAACACCGAGGAGCUUGCAUUCACCGGAGUCAAGGCCGUUGCAAAGACCAAGUCCAGCUCAGUCGUUGCGGCCGCUUCAACAAAUGGAUCCAAGAAUGUUGGUGAAAGUCGGGUUGAUGAGACCCACGCUGUCGUGGAGGCCGGUAUGACUGUCGACGAUGAUGUCGAGAUGAAUGAUACCCAAGAUGCCGUCUCUGUCUCUGGCGAUGAGGACUCUGACGUCGACGACACUGUCAAGCCUGCUGCUACCGAGAAGAAGACUAAGGCUAUCAAGAACGCCCCCGCGGCCGCCGACUCCGAUAUUGAGAUGGAGAACGCCGAAUCAGAUGACGAAGAGGAAGAGGAGGAGGAAGGUGUUGAGCCUUCCUUCGGCGAGCUGCUCCGCGCUAACGGAGUCGGCGAGGUCGAUGUUGAGGCUGAGCUGGACGAUGAUCUUAACCUGGGCACCCUCGUCCCCGGCAAGCCCGCUGCUGCCGUGCAACAGAUCCCCACUGGUGUAUCAUUAUCCACUGUUCUCACCCAGUCCCUCAAGACCAACGACAGCGCCAUGCUCGAGUCCUGCUUCCACACAUCCGACAUCACCAUCAUUCGCACUACCAUCCAGCGUCUCGAGUCCUCUCUCGCCGCUACCCUGCUCCAGAAGCUCGCUGAGCGUCUUUCUUCUCGCCCCGGUCGCUACGGUCACCUCCUUGUCUGGGUCCAGUGGGUCUGUGUUGCCCACGGUGGUGCCUUGGCCGGUCACCCUGACCUCCUGAAGCGUAUGUCCACCCUGUACAAGGUCAUGGACCAGCGAUCCUCUAGCCUUUCAUCCCUCCUUCUUCUGAAGGGUAAGCUCGAUAUGCUCGAGGCUCAAUUGAGUCUGCGUCGGGAUAUCCAGAACGGAGGUGAGGGUGUGGACAGUGAGGAUGAGGAGAAUGUCAUUUACGUUGAGGGCCAGGAAGAUGACUCUGAUAGCGAAACCGAAGCCAAGCCCCGAACAAAGUCUAUUCGCGAGCAGGCAUUCGAUGAGGACGAGUCAAUGAUGAAUGGAUUUGUAGACGAGUCCGAAGAUGAUGAGGAUGAUGGCAGUGAGGAUGAGGAUGAGAACGAGGGUGAUGAUAUCUUGGAUAUCGAGGCUGAAGAAUCAGCUGGUUCUUCUGAUGCGGAGGAAUCCAUGGAGGAGAACGAGGACGAAGACUCUGAUGAUGUGAGCGAGGGGUCAUUGGCGGAUUUCAUCGCUGAUACCGAGGACGAGGAGUCGGAUGAUGCUAUUGAGCAGCCACCACCUUCAAAGAAGAGCAAAACGAGUGGAAAGAAGGGAAAGAGUGGGAAGAAAUGA